AUGCCUGUCGCGGUCGCCCAUUCGCACCGCCCCACCACAAAGGUGUCGCACAAGCCCUUCAAGUCCAAAGCCGCCUCCAAGCACGAGCUGAGAGACCGCGCCAAGGGCAAGGUCCCCAACGAGCGCGGCCAGCGAAAGACGCCGCACCAGCAAGUCAUGUCCAAGUUCGACCGCCGCAACCAGGCCAAGCAGGCCCGCCUCACCAAGCACAAGGAGCACCUCAAGGAGAACUCCAUCUUUUCCGGCCGCGACGGCGCCCCUCGGGUCGUGGCCGUCCUCCCGCUGUGUGCCGACGGCGACGCCAAGGCCGCUGUCCGCGAGCUCAAUUGCAGCCUCGACAUUGAGGCCGACGUCCGCGACGGCAACUUCCGAGUCACGGUCGACCGCUUCAAGCAGAAGCUCCAGUAUGUCCCGCUCAAGAGGGACCUGAGCGCUUGCCUCGACGCCGCUCGCGUCGCCGACUUUGUCGUCGUCGUCUUGUCUGCCGACGAGGAGGUCGACGCGCUCGGCGAGCUCAUCCUGCGCAGCGUCGAGAGCCAGGGCCUGUCGACCUUGUUCACCGUUGUUCAGCACCUCGACAAGGUGGAGCCUGCCAAGCAGAAGCAAUCGGUCGUGGCCUCGCUCAAGUCCUUCAUCACGCACUUUCACCCGGAGCAGGAAAAGGUGUACAGUCUCGACAACCGGCAAGAGUGCGCCAACCUCGUGCGCUCUCUCUGCAGCACGACACCCAAGGGCAUCCGGUGGAGGGACGACAGGAGCUGGAUGCUGGCCGAGGACAUUAAGUUUGCCUACCACGACUCGGACCCCACCAUCAUCACCGGCGUGGUGCGCGGACGGGGGUUGAAGGCGGACCGGCUGGUCCAGAUCGGCGACUGGGGCACCUAUCAGAUUCAAAAGAUUGUUGCCGCGCCGCUGCCGAGGCAGACCAAGAAGGGCGAAGAGCCGACGGCUGAGACUGGCGCGGAGGAGCUGCUCGAGGAGCCGACGGCAGACCAGGACGACCUGAACGAGCUCGCGCCCGACGAUGUCGUCAUGGACGCCGACGACGAUGAGGAUGGCGCCAUGUCCACCAUCACUGGAGGCAAGAAGGGUGUCUUGCUCGACGAUCACCAUUACUUUACGGACGAGGAGGAGGAGGCGCGCAAGGUCAAGAAGCGCGUACCCAAGGGCACGUCGAACUACCAGGCUGCGUGGUAUCUCGACGACGUUUCCGACUCGGGCUCCGACAUGGAAGAUGUCGAGAUGGACGACGGCAAGGACGAGGAUGAAGAGUUUGGUGCAGAGGACGGCAUCGAAGGGUACGCCCAGCCCGAGCCCACCGAGGCCGGCCCGUCAGAGUACCCGCAGUCGGAGAUGAUGGAGGAGCUCGACGAGGACGAGGACGCCGAGCAGCUCAAGCAGUAUCGCGCGCGGAAGCGCGACGAGGUCGAGGACGACAAGGAGUUCCCCGACGAGAUUGAGCUGCAUCCCGGCGUCCUGGCGCGCGAGCGGCUGGGGCGGUACCGCGGCCUGAAGAGCCUCCGGACGAGCCCGUGGCAGGAGGACGAGGACCGGGCGCACGAGCCCGAGGACUGGAGGCGGCUGCUGCAGAUCCCCGACUACAACGCGUCGCGGUCAAAGUCGAUCCGCGAGGCGCUGGUGGGCGGCGUCGAGCCCGGCACACGGGUGCACGUCUACCUCAAGGGCGUCCCGGCGGCCAUGGAAAAGACGUAUGACCCAAGCUCCCCCGUCACGCUCUUCUCCCUCCUGCGACACGAGAACAAGAAGGCGGCGGUCAACUACCUGUUCAACCUGAGCUCCGACUACACCAAGUCGGUCAAGUCCAAGGAGGAGCUCGUCGUGCAGUGCGGCCCCCGCAGGAUGGUCAUCAAGCCCGUCCUCUCGCAGUCGGGCUCGACACCCAACGACGUGCACAAGUUCUGCCGGUACGUGCACCCGGGGCAGUCGGUGAUUGCGACGUUCAUGGGCCCCGUGACGUGGGGUGCCGUGCCGGCCAUGUUCUUCAAGAGGACCGUGCCGGGCGCCGUGUCCGAGGACGACGAGGAGCCGGACGUGGGCCUCAAGCUCAUCGGCACGGGCACGGCGCUGCCGCCCUCGACGUCGAGGGUGGUCGCCAAGCGGGUCAUCCUGACAGGCCACCCGUACCACAUCCACAAGAAGAUCGUGACGGUGCGGUACAUGUUCUUCAACCGCGAGGACGUCGAGUGGUUCAAGGCGAUGCCGCUGUGGACCCGGCGCGGCCGCAGCGGGUACAUCAAGGAGCCGCUGGGCACGCACGGCUACUUCAAGGCGACGUUUGACGGGCGCAUCAACCCCCAGGACGCCGUCGGCGUGAGCCUCUACAAGCGUGUCUGGCCGCGCGAGUCGGUGCCCGUCACGGGGCGGCUGCUCGAGGCCGACGCGGGGGCCCAAGGAGACGGCGAGGACGUCAUGAUGGAAUGA